AUGAGCUGCAUAUUUCGGUCGUCUCCGGAAAAUCGAAAAAUGAGUGCACCGGCGACCAUUCCUUUGGGACGUUUGAUAGAGUUUGUACUGCAGAAGACCUAUCAUGAACUGACGAUUUUGGCAGAGCUAUUGCCCAGGAAGAGCGACAUGGAACGAAAGAUGGAAGUCAUCGCAUUCACGAACACAACACGGCAGUUAUUCGUGAGAUUGCUCGCCUUAGUGAAAUGGGCAGCCAGCGCGGGAAAAGUGGAAAAAUGUGCGAAUAUUGUCAAUUUCCUCGAUAAGCAAAACAUGCUAUUCGUGGAGACCGCGGAUAUGUUCGCUGUGAUGUCGCGGGAAACCUUGGUGCAGGCUCGGUUGCCCAGCUUCCACAUCCUAGGUGCGGCAGAAAUUCUCACGACGGGAACUUAUUCGCGGCUUCCGACGUGCAUCCGAGACAGGGUCGUCCCCCCGGAUCCCAUCUCAGCUGGGAGUAAGAAGACGACACUGGAACGUUUGGAUCACAUUAUACAAUAUCGACUGGUCUCAGCGGAACUACCUACUCGGAUGAGCUCUUUAGAGAUAAGGAAAGGUCGCGUGACGUUCCGUGUGGAGAACGAGUUCCGAGUGAGUCUGACGCUCAUGGGCGACGGUCCACAAGUUCCCUGGCGGCUGCUUAACAUCGACAUUCUCGUGGAAGACAAGGACACGGGGGAUUGCAAGCCUCUGGUGCAUCCUCUGCAGGUAGUCUACAUCCAUCAACUCAUACAAUCUCGUUUGGUCGAUCACCCAAAACCGCUCCACGAAGUUUAUCAAUGUUUACAUUUUUUCUGCUUGAGCCUGCAGUUGGAGGUCCUCCACACGCAAAUUAUACGUUUGUGUCACGAGCGCUUGGGAGAUUCGGUCCGAGUUGAAGAGUAUGUCUCGGGGGUGAUGCUCAAACUCCACUACUGGAGAGAGCAAAGCUCGAUACUCGAUGAACGACGAUUUCACCUCAUCAUCCACGUCGAUGAGGAGGAUCCAUGCAAACCUCUACGAGUAUCUCAUUCGCCUGAAAUCACCGAUAGGGAGGAGGCUGCCCGCAUAGACCCAUGCAUCAAGUCCGAGUUCCUAUCGAUAGAAAAGCUUCUCAUUCAGACGAUACACAUACGGUCGCGCCAGAAACUCUCUUAUCUCCGAGAUGAGUUUCUGAAAGAUCUCCUGGCUCCUGGAGUGGAAUGCUCAUUGGGAGGAAGCCCGUCCCUCCUGCAGAUACCGAUCGUGCAGCCGUGCUCGUCGUCGGAGCACCUCGUGCUGACUGUUGACACCCACACCGGAUACGUCAUGACCUUCGUUCCCCAAUACGAGCCCCCGAUGAUUAUGGAGCUCCAGGACAUCAUUAAUAGUCUUGCUAUCGAUGCGUCUCCCCAGAUGAAGUCACGUCUGGGAUCGACAGUCUUGAGCCUCAAGUUCUGGAUAACUUUGAAACGCUGCAAAACGACUGUGCAACAUCUCCCCGUCCUUGCAUUGGAAACAAAUCCGGUCACGGCCAUACCCAAGGAUCACGCCCUGAAUCAGUUAUCGAAGUUCACUCUUUUCGUUAAACUCUGCAAACAUGCCUUCUACUACGUCAUCAUCGAGCUUCAGGCAGACAAACCAUGCGACAAAAUCGACCUCAACUAUUACCUCUUGAGCGUGACUGGUGAUAAUCGGCUAAGUAGUUUCUACCGACUCGACAGUCAAUCCAUCAUUCACGGUCCAUGCACCGACAUGGAUCUAUUGGCGAACACUAACGAGUCCGGCACUUUGAAGCGAUCGCUGAGUAAUCAGGACGGCGCCCCUCCCGCCAAGAAAUUUAGGUACCCAGGCUACUUCUUCAGCGAAGUUGCUCAUAUCGUAGCGUUCUGUGAUGACCGCCUGCCCUUCUGUUCUCUCACGCGGGAGUUAGAAUCGCGCGGGGUUUGCCAUCGAGGCUUGCAGAUCGAGGGGGCUCAAACGAACUUCCACGUCAAAAUCGUGCAAAUGCCGGUGGGAAAUGAUGUAUCCGAAGACGUCGCCGACGAGCUACGGCGGUCCUUGCUCAGCUGCACGUUCCGACUCCAGGUUCGGGGCAUCAGAGCUUGGCUUUGUGAGUUGAUUUUCCACGAUUGCCCGCUGGCCACGAGUCAAAUGAGAGAGCGUUGCGCUACGCGACCAAUAUACUUCAUGUACGAUUUCACUCAGAACAAUACGACAGCUGUGAUCGAUGAAUGGCUUGCUGAUUGGGCUAUUGUUAGUAAACUCUACAGCGUCGUAUACAAAUAUGCGGCAGAUAUUAAGAAUCAAAAGAAUGCUGCUCUGCUCGAAACGUCCGAGGUCAGAUCCUAUUCUUACAAGCGCUUGACCAUUGGCUACGGCUCCGAGAAGAGUUACACGGUGACCAUAUACUGGCGCCCAGUGGAAAAACGUUUCCAACUCGUAUUCGGUGUGGUAGGUCUUUCCGUCAGCUCGACGAAUCCCCACACUCUCAUUGCGCAUCAGCUAUCUUACGAUUUCAACCAAAAUGAGUCUAUAACCGAUCUCCUCCAAACGCUGAGAGAUACUUAUCGGCCAUUGCUGUCGCUGUCGCGUCUACCCUCCAUACCGCAGCUCGGCACGAUCCACUCGAAACCACAUCUUCCCGUGCAGACGUUCAUGGUGAUCCCUCAAUCAUCAACAUGCUUCAGAUUGGUUUAUCGCGCAGCCUACUGUUUGGAAAUACAGUGUCGCAAAGGGGACGGCUGCGUGGUCAUCAGAGACGGUGCCUUCAGUCAUUUCGACAGAGGCCGACACGUCGAGGAAUAUAUGCAAAUCCCGGGCCUGAGGACGUUCCUCAGCAAAUUCACUCGGCAGACUCCCGAUGGAGCACUUAACACGGCGAAUGCUCCCGUAUCCCCUCUUCAAAUGGAAAGCAUAGACGCGUUCUUGUCUCCAUCGAUGGCCAAGGCGAAUUCUCCCUCUGGGGCGCGGGCCUCAGAGGGGGCAACGCUCCGCUUCCCUCAACAUCACCCAAUGACGCCUCCCUCGAACCCGCACACUCCGGCGUCUCCCCAUCCCUCGAUUUUACCGUCGAGUUACUCGGCGUCUCCUAAUCCAUCGUUUGUGCAUACUCCUUCGAACAUUCCACCGAGUUCCCCGCUUGCGCCACCCCCCUCGUCUCCAUAUCCGGUGAAUUCCCCCCAUAUGACAUCUCCGUCUCCGUCACCAGCUCAGCAACAGCCACCUUCAAGUCAGAGUUUCGCUGCGAAUGAUCCCACGUCACCAGCUUUCCCCCUCCUCUCGGCAUCUCCUGCGAAUCAGUGGCCCUCAUCACCGGCCCCGCCACGUCCCUCGCCGCGGUCCUUCCAACCGUCUCCUGGAGGGCCGUCGCCGGCCCAGCCAUCCAGCGCUGAAGUACGACCUGCACCCUCGAUGUCGCGUGUGGCGCCGGGUGUUCCCGGCAACUGGACCGCCGCUGUCCCCAUUGUGCUAACGCACGAGGGUUUCGAUAGUUUGUGCACUCCGUGUACUCCCAGCACACCGAACUACUCGCCCUUGGAGAAAUGUCUCGGCUGCGCGUUCAUGCGGUACACUAUCCAGCGGAUAGUUCGAUCCGAUGAGCACCUCCAAGUGCGCAAUUUGAGCGAGCCUGGAAUUGUUAUCUUCAGAACCGAUCAGCUGAUAUAUAGAGUCUCAUUGAAUUUGCAAACGAUGCAAUCAUUACACGUGAAAAUAUCCAAUACCGAUAGCUCUAGUGCAGCGCAGGCGCUCGCACUCGACGACAUUCAGGUGAUCGAGCGUUAUUUUGAUACCAAAGUUGCGUCCAUACCCUAUAAACCAAACGCUUUCCUGUCCUUCACCAGGCUGUUGAGCACACCCCCGCGCAUCCAACGAGAUUUCAUUCAGCUGAUGCGCUUAGAAUUGUGUCCAUCUCAAAAUUCCAUAUUCCGAUGGAGUUUCCAAUUGUGUCUCACUAUACCGCCGGCUACGCCGCAAAUAGCUCCUACCGGGACGGUUUCUGUGCUCAUAACCCGUGUCAAGAUGCUGUUCUAUUUCACCCUCACUCCGUUGAGGACUCCAGGAGAACCUCACUCGGCGGGGAAUCAGCAAUCGAUCGCGGUGCCCAUGGUGUACGAUUUCCAAAGUAACACUGUCUCCUUAGCGGCGGAUCGACGAUCAUCAGAGGCAAGCGCUCACAUAUCACCGGCGCUGAAUUUCAUCGCAUCCUUCUUGCGGAGCUCUCAUGAUUACCAGAAUGCCAGCGAAUGUUCUAUAUAUCCUUCCAUAAGGGAUCUGGUGACUCAGCUCACUGUGAACUGA